UUAAAAGUUUACAAGUUUAAAAAAAUGCCUUUAUCCGUUUCAUACACCCCGAAUUAUUACUCUUUAGAAGAUAUUUUAGCUACGCAAGAACGCAUUCCAUGUAGAGUCGCUCAAACAAUUCCGAAAAUGGGACAUUUGAAUUCUUCCUCAGUGGACGUAGACCUUCAAGAAGGCACUGUAAUGGAAUUUCCCUUGUGGUUGGUCAACGAAGUUUGCGUAAGCCGAGUACCUAUAUUGAAUCCGGAUUUACCUAAAAUCUACAAAGAGUCAUAUCGAGAGAUUUUAAAAGCCGAUGCUUGCGCUGUAGACCUGCACAGACUUAAUUUACAUUUUUACGAAUUAGGAUCCUACGUAAAAAAGUUUGAUAAAAAGAACGAUGUACAUCAAUCUAUCAUAGAUACCUUUAGAAGUAGAUUUAGACAGUUGAUCAAUUUAGCUGAUAAUUCCAUAUCGGAUCCAAUGGUUCAACAAAGAUUGGACACAUUGGAAAGGAAGCUAUUUAACGAUGCCUACAAAGCUAGAGUGAAAUUAAACAUUUGGUUGGAGCAUUCCGCGACGGUUAUAGAAGCUGCUAAUAUGGUCGUCAAUCACAAGAAGAGGAAACGCAUCAAUCUGGAGGAAUUAUUGUAACAUAUGUAAAUAAUAAAACAAUUUAACUUCAAA